UUAGUUUGAUCAUAUGGUAGUAAUGAUUAUGGUGACGACUAUUCAACAAGCUUUACGUCCUUUUUUUAUAAUGUGUUUUAUUAUGGGUUUAGGUGUUUAUCCUAUAAAACGAUCAAAAUUGAAUAUACGAUGGAUCAUAUACUUAAGCACUUUAUAUUCUUUAAUAAUUUGGUUUGUUUACGCUUAUUUCUUUUUCUAUGUCUGGAAUUUUACAUUAAAAGUAAUAUAUUCUAGUUACCUUAAUAUGGUUAUUAUGACGUUUAACAUCUUAUCAUUGUUUAUAUCCGUAAUUAUGAAAUUCUGUUAUCAAAAGAGAUUUGAAAUAUGUGUAAUAAGACUUGCUGCAGUGGAUGAUACUUUGGAAGAGCUUGGCACUCCAAAGAUAUAUCGAAAGAUACAUAUAUUAGGAAAAGGAAUACUAAUCGGGUGGAUCGUAUACAGCCUUGCUAUGAAUUUUGAUGACACGAUAUUUUGGUUGAGCAGAAAAGAAUUUGCUUCUUGGGGAUUAUUUUUAUCUCACAUACUAAAUUACCCUAUUCAUGUCAAUACAUUUCUGGACUUAUUAUUCAUGUUUCUCCUAUGGUAUAUCAGUACCAGAUUUGACAAAGUAAAUGAGCAUGUACGAUGUUUAUUGGUGAAAGAGGAGCAUGGGCUGAGAUGUACAUGGAAAAAAUCUGUAGUAGUUCUUCGUCGAGAUACUUCAUGUAUUGAUAAUUGCAAGCGAACGUUGUGGACUACAAUGUAAAUCUGCACAAGCAUAUAUUUAGCUAAAUUAUCGAAUCGAUACAAAAUUGAUAAUGCAAUUUUAAUAGAACCCUAUUUCUGAAGAUUAUGAGAGCAGUACAAUUAUAAAUACUAUUUAAAUUUUCUAAAUUAUAUGGGUUCUCAUCUCUACGUUUUCUCGUAAGAAAAUGUGUUUAUCAACAGGCAACUUCAUUUAGAAUUAUGUCGUCUUACUUGUGAGCUGAACUCCAUAUUUGGAACACAAAUGGCUUUGGAGAUGGCAUCUUAUCUCGCGUUUUUAACAGCAUUGUGCUAUUAUUUAUGCGAAAUACUAAUACAGGGACAUCAAAAAGAGAUACAAAUAAACGUGUGGUUUAAUAUCAUCCUAUGGACCUUUCUAUUUUUAAUGAAGCUAUGCGUUGUAAAUUAUAUCUGUGAGAGUGUUACAGAUAAGGUAAAAUAACCCGAAUAAUUUUUAAUAACAAUAUAUAUUUGAUGUAAUAAAUAAUAUUCAAAUUUUAGGCUAACAAAAUUAACAAAACAAUUUAUCAACUUACAAAUUCUAUUCGAUAUGCAGACGUUUGGAAAGAGGUAAAAAACAUUUUAUAACAACAAGUCAAUGAAGUAAAUUGUUUAAAGUAAACUAACAUCUUUUGUGUACAGAUUUAUCAGUUUACAUUGCAAAUAAUGUAUCAUCCGUUGAAAUUAACUGGAAUGGGUCUCUU